CCGUCUCCCGGUGCCAUCUGCAGGGCGGGCGAGAGGCGGCCGCUCCGCCGGGCAGCGCGGGCGGGGGGACAGCGGUGACGGAAAGCGGCAGCUGGGGGAGACGGCAGCGGCUGGGUUGAUUCCCUUCCCUUCCCCCCAAUCCCCGGCUGGGGGAAGAUGGAGCUCGGUUAGUGAAGAGCAGCGGGAGCAGGUACUGUUCAUAAGAUUGGCCACAGCGUGCUGGGGAGAACUGACAGGAAACUCAGUAUUACACCCAUCAGAGGCACAUGAUACUGCAGAGCUUCAGAAUCAGCAGUCAACUCAGCUGGACAGUUGCCUCCUGCCUUCCUAAAUAGGGAGAAAGUGGUUUACUAUUGUGGAUGCCUGCCUCAUUUGCUUCACCAACAUGAGAUAGGGCAUGCUGAAGAGAAGGAAGAUUUUUGCAAGUAGAGCCUACCGUAAUUUCUCAGGGGACAAAAUUUUGCUUAUUCAUACCUUCUACUGUGGCAAAAUGCAUUAUUUUCCUCGCCAAAAACCAGCAGCAUAACGCCCAUCUGACACAUGCCUCAAGGAACUCCUAUUUAAAGUCUGUUGUAAAUGGAUGCCUUCUAGCCAACCAGUGAGCCCUGCUGCUGCUGCGUGUCUGGCAGCUUCUCUGAAUGAGCACAUGACUCUUGAUAUGGAUGCAGUCCUGUCAGACUUUGUUCGGUCCACAGGGGCAGAGCCAGGUCUGGCAAGAGACUUACUGGAAGGCAAAAACUGGGACUUGACAGCAGCUUUGAGUGACUAUGAGCAGCUCCGGCAGGUACACACGGCCAACUUGCCACAGGUGUUCAAUGAAGGCAAGUACUACAAGCAGCAGGAACCAGAGCAGCCUCUCCAGGUGACGAAGGCUGAGAGGCCCUGCCUGCAAAGGCAGGAUGACAUUGCCCAAGAAAAGCGUCUUUCCAGAGGCAUUUCCCAUGCCAGCUCAGCCAUCGUCUCCCUUGCUCGGUCACAUGUAGCAAAUGAGUGCAGCAAUGAGCAGUUCCCUUUGGAGAUGCCCAUCUACACAUUCCAGCUACCAGACCUUAGCGUGUACAGUGAAGAUUUCAGAAGCUUUAUUGAACGUGACUUAAUCGAGCAGGCAACAAUGGUUGCUUUGGAGCAAGCAGGACGAUUAAAUUGGUGGUCCACAGUGUGUACGAGUUGCAAACGUCUGCUUCCCUUGGCUACGACAGGGGAUGGAAACUGCCUCUUGCAUGCUGCAUCUUUAGGGAUGUGGGGAUUUCACGACCGGGACCUGGUUUUACGUAAAGCUCUCUAUACCAUGAUGAGAAGUGGAGCUGAAAGGGAAGCACUGAAAAGAAGAUGGAGAUGGCAACAGACCCAGCAGAAUAAGGAGUCAGGUUUAGUGUACACAGAAGAAGAAUGGGAACGGGAGUGGAACGAACUGCUUAAGCUGGCAUCGAGUGAGCCUCGUGCGCAUUUCAGCAAGAAUGGAGGCACUGGUGGUGGAGUCGAUAAUUCAGAAGAUCCAGUGUAUGAGAGCCUGGAGGAGUUCCAUGUCUUUGUCUUAGCACAUAUUUUGAGAAGACCUAUUGUUGUAGUAGCAGACACCAUGUUACGAGACUCAGGGGGAGAAGCAUUUGCACCUAUACCAUUUGGAGGAAUUUAUUUGCCACUUGAAGUUCUACCUAACAGAUGCCAUUGCUCACCUCUUGUGCUAGCCUAUGAUCAGGCCCAUUUCUCUGCUCUUGUUUCCAUGGAACAAAAGGAUCAACAGAGAGAACAAGCGGUGAUCCCCCUGACUGACUCUGAACACAAGUUACUGCCUUUGCACUUUGCAGUUGAUCCUGGGAAAGACUGGGAGUGGGGAAAAGAUGACAAUGAUAACACCAGACUGGCCAAUUUGAUUCUGUCUCUUGAGGCAAAGCUUAAUCUUCUACACAGCUAUAUGAAUGUAACAUGGAUACGCAUACCAUCUGAGACACGGCAGGCCCCUUUGGCUCAACCAGAAUCCCCUACAGCUUCAGCUGGGGAAGAUGUUCAGUCUCUGGCUGACUCAAUGGACUCAGACCGAGAUUCCAUCUGUAGUAAUUCCAACGGCAAUAAUGGUAAAAACAGUAAAGAAAAAGAAAAGGACAAGCCGAGGAAAGAUAAAGACAAAAACAGGACGGAUUCAGUUGCUAAUAAAAUAGGAAGCCUCAGUAAAACCCUGGGAAUUAAACUGAAAAAGAAUAUGGGUGGUCUUGGAGGCCUGGUGCAUGGCAAAAUGAGCAGAACCAAUUCAGGUAAUGGAAAAAAUGGUGACACAGUAGAGAAAGUCAAAGAGAAGAAGUCUAAGUCUCGAAAAGGGAGCAAAGAGGAGUCUGGCCAGUCUGCAAGCACUUCUCCAUCUGAAAAAACCACUCCAUCUCCAACUGACAGAGCCAGCAACUCACCCACUGAAAAGACAAACAGUAAAUCCUUCUCUGACAAGCAAUCUGACCCAUGGAAGUACAGCACUGACGUGAAACUCAGCCUAAACAUUUUGAGAGCUGCCAUGCAGGGUGAACGCAAGUUUAUUUUUGCUGGCCUCCUUCUGACCAGCCACAGGCACCAGUUCCAUGAGGAGAUGAUAGGCUAUUACCUGACCAGUGCACAGGAGCGCUUCAAUGCAGAACAGGAACAGAAGAGAAAGGAUGCUGAGAAAAAGGCUGCACUGAAUGGGUCAUCUAGUAGGAAAAUGGAGCCAGAAGCAUAUUCAAAAGAAAAAUUAGAAACAUCUCCUCAGGAUAGGGCAUCACCCGUCUUGCCUCAAAGCCAUACGACUCAACUGGUUUUAAAAUUUAAAGAUCGCACUAGUCCCACUCCUGGGUCAUUUUCUUCACCUAGUAAUAGUGCUAAGAAAAGUGGACCCAUUCCAGUAUCUGCACACUAUAGCCAUACGCCACCUGUUCAGAGGCAAAGUGUCAUCCAUUUGCAUGAUGUCAACUCCAAGCCAUCGAGCUUCCAAGAUGAUACCUACAAGCCAGUGGUUGGCACCUUAAAAACCUGUGCCACCUACCCCCAGCAAAACAGGUCACUGUCUUCUCAAAGCUACAGCCCAGCCCGGAUAUCUGGUAUCCGUACAGUGAACACAGUGGAAUCAUUGAGCUAUGCCAUGCCUACUGAACACAAGUCUCAGACUUACACAAAUGGAUUCAAUACUGGAGAUAUUAGAGACUGCUUAGAAUACGCUGAUGAGGAUGCUCCUCAGACCUGGUUGAACAAUGAUAAAAAUCAAGGCAGAAGCACAGUUUGCCCAAUCUAUUCUAUCCAGCAGAACCGCUGUAAGAAGGAGAACUGUUCCUUUUAUGGUCGUCCUGAGACUGACAAUUACUGUUCAUACUGCUACAAAGAGGAGUUAAAGCGCAGGGAGAGAGAAAGCAAGGGACACAGGCAUUGAGGAUUCUUCUGUGACUACUUAGUUUUACCAUUUUCUUACUUACAAAGUAAACAGUGUUAAAUGCAGUAAAAGGAAUCCUUAAAAAAAGAAUAAAGGAUUGAUGAGACAAUAGUGUCUAGCUUUUCGCUUUUCCGGGGCAAAGAGGAAAUAAUAGAAUUAAUUUAUCAUAAAAAGUUAUUAUUUUCCAUUUUGUCAGUGUCUUUUUUACAUAUACUGGUAAGCUGAAGGGUUGUUUACUCCUUUGUCAGUGCUGUGUAUAUGUUUGGUCAAAAAUUUACUAACGGUGCCUGAAUUUACACUGACAUCACUCAGGUAGUAGAAUGGUAGGGGAGAGUUGUAAUAGCAGACAUGUGGUGUUGUAGUAGGGUAGUAUCUGCUUUGCAGACAUUUGAAAUUCUAUAGCUGUUAUGAGAGUAUUUUUUCCUCAGUAAAAACUCAAUUUUUCAUAGCCUUUUUUUCAGAAGAAAGUAGCGAUUUUUGCAUACUGCACGUUUUUAACAUGGCAGCAAAUUGCAUUACCAUAAUGUUUGUACUCACAAGUCUGAAAUUGAGUGAUUGUGGGAAAAUGGGAGUGAAGGGUCUGAAUUUGUGAGGGCUGUAGCUAUUCCUGAUUUUAAGUUCUUACCAGUUAUUUCUACAUUUCCAUUAAAAAGUAGAUUUGAGCUGCUUUUAUUUGUACUGCAUUUUGAAACGGGUUGUACAGAAAGCACAGUAUGACUUGCAAGACUUCGCAUCUCCAAAAAAUCCCACAUAGCAUAGUUUUGGGCACCUGAAUUUCAGUAGUAUUUUCAUUGCUGUUAAAACUGAGAGAAAUGUUAAAUUAUAAAGAAAAAUAUUAGACUUGGAAAAUUUGAUGACCAGCUAAGAAACUUAGGAUCAUUUUAGAGCUGAAUGAACUGCUUGUCAAAACCAACGUGUCCCAUCAAUUGAUUCCCUUAGUCAUUGCAGUAAUUUAAUCAUUAUUUAUUUAUUCAUUUCUCAACGCUAGACAGUUUUUGCAAACAUAACUGCUUUUGAGCCUUUCUUAAAGACUGUUGGCUCUACCUACUUUUGAGUCUUCUCCUAGAGUGAGUUAUGUUACUCCCUGGAAGAUUCCAAGAUGAAUAUGAAAUACUUUCCAGUAUGCAUGGCAACUUCUAUCACAGAUUUGCAAAAGUCCAGUGUCCAGAUAUGUAAGUAUUUGGAACACUUUUGAAAGUAAAACUUUGCUCAUAUUUCUGCAAAGCAGACAGCACAAGUACUGUGUAACUAGGUGUAUGACAUUAGGAACUUUUCUCCAAUAUAGCACUUUGUGGUUUUGCAUCCUUCUACCAGGAGCUGGCAUAAUGCAGUAAGAAUAGAUCUUUAGUGUUGUUACACUUGUAAGCAAUGGCUUAUUUAUGGUCUAUUUACAUUUUUUUUUAUUUUUAAAAGAGCUCAUUUUCCACAAACAGGUAAAGUAAAGCUUUCUAGACUGCUUACUCUGCCACCUCAAGGUGCAGAACCCAAGUUCUGCCUUACUCAUUAUGGAGUAGCACUUUUCUGGCCCCCACAGGAAAGAUUCUUUGCCAAAGAGUCUUUGUUACUGAUUCUUUUCUGCUGUACCCCAAGUUUUACUCUUGACAUGGGUGGCACCAUUUCACAUGCCUACACUUAAUUCUGCUUAGCCUUGAAACUGAGCUUGAAGUAGUCUGUGAAACAAGACACACAAAUUUAUGCUGACAUGUACUGGCUUUCAGGAAAACCACAUAGUUAAAAUUAUCCAUGUAUUUCAGUUUUCUGCUGAAUGGGAGGUUUAAGGAGUAGUUACAAAGUAAGUUCAUUAGCCAUUCCUAAAAAGUGAUGGUCUUUGCAAGGUUAACUUUUCAGAGUUAAUCCAGACCUGUAGUCUGUAUUUCUUGCUGUACACUGAGCAUAGGCUGAGUGUUACUGAAUUUGCAUUCCUUCAUAAAAGGGAAACGCUGGUAUGGGUAAUGAGAGGUCAGAACUCCACGUGACCUCUGUCCUUAAGCACGUUCUAAAACCCUUGUCUCCAGUUGCCUACACUGGUAAGCAGAGUCCUUUUCUACGUAACUAUUGUGAUUACAUGAAAAUUCUCAUUGCCAAAGAAAUCUGUGAUUACAAAUGAUGCUAUAUCAGGCCAGAUCACAUGAAAAGUAUGGAUUAUCAUACUUGAUUGAAUUUGUUGCUGAGACAGAGACAACUGACAAGAUAAAACUUCAUGAAAAAAACCCAAAUAUUAGGAAUUCUAGGGCAAUAGAGUAGCAGUAGUAUUUGAUUCUCUGAAAUUGUUUCUGCAUAAAGUUGUGCUUAAGAAGUAUAACAUUAGCAGCAAACUACACCAGCCCAUGUAUUCAAGUCAGUUGUAUCCUUUCUGAAUGAGGAAAAAAGCAACAGCACAUACAUAAAAAUAAGCAACUACCAUGAGAAUUGAUGUUUCCCCAUUUUUCAAAGGAGUUGUUUCUACAUUAUGUUUUUAAGAUCUACUACUCACAAAAGGAAGAGGUUUACAGCUGGUCAAUAUUUACAUAAAUUGCUCUGUCCUGAAUUAUUGAACAGAUUGUACCUCUAUGUUUGAUUAUUUUGAAAAAUUGCUUGGUCCUCUGAAUAACUACAGGCUUCUCUCUAUAUGAUUCUGAGCUACAGUGUUUGCUGUCCUCCUCAACUGUCUCAAAUAAUUUCUGUGAAUAUUUACCACUACUUAAUUGCUCAUUUUAAAUAUCUGUUACAUGAAGUACUGACAGAACACCUUUUAGUUGUGCCUGUUUUCUCAGAACCCCUUCCUUGAUGUGUCUGAGUAAUUUGUAUAAUAUUGUUCUUUUCUUAAAGAACUUUCUUCAAAUAUCCCACUAUUCUCUUGUCUCUUAACAUUUGAUACUGAAGUGUCAGACCCACAUGUAAUUUGCCAGUUAAAAUCUACCCAUCUUUUCCCAGUUGUUGUCCUUUUUUUUUUUUAUAAGUAAUUCUGUGAUUUUUUUUGUUUUACUUCUGAGCUAUUUGUGGCAGUUGUCUCAAGGGGAGAUCAUAGCUGGUAUUAAACAGUCCAACCGUGGGGAAACAGUGCCUCCUCCUGAAGAAGUGAUUGUCCCAUUAGAAGAAGAUUUUAGGUGUAAGAUGACAUUUUCUACACAUUUUUUUCAGAGAGAAUUCCCAGCAGUGCAUGAGUUGCAUUCACCAGCACUGAAACAAAUUGUGUCAUUCCUUAGGUAGGUAUGAAAGGGAAUCAUCUACAAAUGUAUUUUUCUGUUGCACUAAAUGGCUAACCUUUGGCUGCUCUUCUGCUUUGCUUUUCCUGACACUGAAAGCACAUGUAGCCCAGCAAGUAAUUUUCUGGGCCUGAUUUGCCCUCUCUGUACCUUCCAGAGUGUGUCAGAGUUGCUGCUUAGUCCCAGCUGUACAGAAAUCAGUGUUGGUUUUGGAGGUUGGACCCUGCUCACUUCUUCUGUUAGCUCAAGGGGCUGCAAUACACCUGCAUUUUUUUUUGCAGUUCUGUGCAGUUGUAUGUGCUUUUCUCCCCUCAGCAGUGAUUCAACAAUUAUCACUGUUGUCCAGAUGUCAAAAGUACAGACUAAAUCCUGCGUAGGCUACACCUUCCCAUAAUAGAUAUAAAAUACCAGGGGGUAUUUAGAGGAAACUGGCAUUUUUUUAAUGUGUGAAUGUGCAGCUUUUCUAAUUUUAAAAAGGCUUAAACCUAUUAUGCAACUUUUAUACUUGGUUCAUAAACUCUGAUGCAAAGGUCUGUUCGUGUGCCUGUAAGACAUAAUGGGUUUCAGUUGCACUUUAUAUUGAAGAUCCUUUCAAGAUGCUUUAGAAAGAGCUAAUGAACUAUUGCUGGUCUUUACAAGCACUUUUUCAGGUGUAUCAGUUGUAGCAUAUGGCUAACAAGCAGCUCAUUCAGAAGAAGGUGGUGAUCAAAAGUGAUUUCAGCUAUUUUGAAUUUUAAAACGAUUCAUUAAGUUUUUGUUAUUAUGGUUCAUUAAGCUUUAUAAAUGCAAUGGAAAUACGUGUGUGACCCAGCUUUCUUUAGCAAUUCCUUCUUUCUAAGUCAAAGGUAACAUGAAGGGAAUCAGUGAAAGAAAGAUGCUGUACUUGGAAAGUUUUGUGGUGUUAAUUUUGUAAGAAGUUGAAAUAGGCCAAGUCUUCAGAGUUGUCUAAACUUGCAGAACUCACGAUGUGAGCAGUAUCCCUUGAUUCAGAAAGCAUCACAGAGAGACACUUAUUGUGGAUUUGCACACCAUGUGGCUGCAGAUCAGAGCAGUCUGCUGAGGCAAUAGCAAUCCUUGUACAUACAGGCAUAUUCAGGGUAAUCUACUCGUGUGAUGGAUGUGUAGAUAUCAACAAAUGCACAGCACAGAUCUGACAAAAUACUGCCCUCUAACUCUCAUUCUGUGAACAGGUACACCGGUGCUCAACUUCUCCCCUGUGACCAGUCUCCCCAACCUCAAGGAGACUGCUUGCUGUCAGAAACUCAACAUAGCUGUAAAGAAACAGCAUAAAUGUUUGUGGGAUCAAGGCCUGAACCUUUAGCCAGUGUUUAUUCUCCUCAGGCUGCCUGACAUUACUCUUCCACGUAGCAAAUCCAUGAGAAUUUGGCCUGAGGAGUAGAAGGAAGCCUUAGGCCUCUUUGGGCUAAACCUGCUGUCCUCUGAAAUCUAUGGACAAUCCUGUUAGCAGUGGGGGCCUUAAACCAGGUGCUUCAUGGACACAAAAUACUUGCAAACUGGAUGUGAAAGUAAAGCCUGAGCUAGUAAGGCGAGCAAGGUCUUCCUAACACUAGGAAUGUUUGGCACAGAUAAAACCCCAUAUGUUAAUGGAAGUCACAAUAAUCUCAAAUAAACAUAUGUCCAGAGAAGCAAAAUAACUGAUGUUGAUUUUGGAUGGCUUUUCAGUGCAUUUUAAGUCUGUAUUUGAAGAGUAUUUGUUUUAGGGUAUGGCAACUUAUGCAGAGGAUCACCAAACAGUAUAUAGCCUGGAAUUCUAAUUAUUUCAGUAGCAAACACUAGCAUCUAUUUUAAUUUGCACAUUAAUUUCCAGUGUAUUUGACUAAAAUACUAUAUUGUUAAAAAAGAGGAAAGCAAAACAAAGUUGUUUGUAAGUAUGUUCUGUUUGUAGAAUUAAGGCUGUAUUAUGUUGGAAUUUUACAAGCCAAGUUUAAAUUGUAAUAUAGAAAUUAUUUUUAUAUUAUUUUCAAAAUAUGCUAUAGAGCAAUAUUUUGCGCCUUUAUUAUAAACAGGGUAAUGGUUUUAGUAGGUUACCUUCAGAAAUGCUGGUAGAAAUUAACCAUGAAAAGAAAGGUUUGUAAAUGUACUUGUUUCUUACUGCUCUAUCUGUUGUGCACAUCUCUAUAUAAUGUGAGUUGAAUAUACUUUUUUUUUUAAUUGAAAAGCUUUAAAUUUUACUUUAUAUAUAUAUAUUUUGGUACAACCCUUUCCCUUCCUAUUUAAUUCCACUCUUCCUUCCAGUCCCUACCAGUAGCCACUUUUAUAAGCAGCUUCUGAGUAAACAUUCAUCUGGAAGGUUUUCUUACCAAAUGGAACAUUUCUGCACAUUGAUUGACUUGAGGCAUUUAUAAUACACCCUGAGUUGAUUGGAGUUGGAUUACUUUGCUUUUUUAAAAGACAGAAUCCGGGAUUUAUUAUUCUUUCAAAAAGAAAACCAAGAAUUAAUAACCAGUGCAAUCAUUUAGCAUCUGUGGGAAGAAAAUCACUCUAGAUCAUAGAAAUGUCAUCCUUUAAUUGGCAGAUACAUUGUGUCUUUAUAUAUAUAUAUAUCAAAUAUGCAUUAGAUUAUUGCAGAUUAAAGUGUUCAGAUCUUAUUUCUUCAUUUUCUUUGUACUGAUGAACUGUGCGAAAAAGACUUCACAAACUAAAGCAUCUGUUAAGAUAGAAGUCGUGUAGUUUUUAAAAUUUCAUAACUUCUGUCAUUUUGUUUGUUGGGGUUGGUUUGUGUGUUUAAGAAUUAUGAUUGUGAUAUGUAUUGCAACCAAAAUUUAGAAAUCUGGAUGCCUAACUUUAAGAUUCUGCAGCUAGGUUUCUCUUAGUGGACUGGUUUUAAGAUGUACUGAGCAUCAGUUUCUGUGGGAGCAAAAGCUCUUCUUGGUUUCAGAAAACUGAGUGAGCAUGACUCCAGCACGUAUUCAGGGCCUCUCUUUAUCCGUCUAUGCUUCUUUUCUGUCAAUGGAAUUUACUUUUUCUCUUUAGCAGUUUUCAGUGUCUGAAGAAAUAGUUUGGCUUAUUCAUAAAGUGAUUGCUUGAAUAUGGAGAGACUUGCCUUGUACCAAAACACCGUGUCAUUGUCCAUUUAACUGUUGCAUUCUUAAUGGAGCUAGUGCAUUCCACUGAUUUUUUGGGGGAUAUAAGACCUUUUUUCUUGGAUAUAAUGAUCACUCUGUUUUGUCUGAUUGUUUUCUUUUCCUCUCAAGUGAAUAUGCUCUUCUGAUUGUUGUUCUUUCUCAUGUUCCCUGAAUGUACGUACUGUACCGAGAGAGUUGAAAUGGCUGAUGCACAUUUGCACUGUGGAACACACGAGAUGGGUAGAAGCCACCAUGUUCCAAACAGCCUUAAAAUUAUGGCUCUCUGGGGACUGAGAGUCACUUAACUGGAUGCAGCCUCUGUCCCACUUCCUCAUUUAACUAUGUCUGUACAACACUCUAGCCUGCUGUUGUCUUUGGAACUGUAUGCAUACUCAUCUGAAUAACCUGUAAUCCUAAAAGAGAUUUUUCUUUUAAAAACUGUCAUUCUUUUGAAGUGUCAGUGUGCCAGGAAACCUUAGAAGACAUAGGAGCAAAGCCAGAGAGAUUAUUGGUAGCUGGCAGAGUAACUGUGGCACCAAAAUACGAAAGAGAAUGAAAGUAAUUAAGAUGUAUCAAAAACUAUUUCCUGUGAAGUCUGUUUUGUAGAUGGUCCUGUAUUCUGGGAAAACAUAGAAAUGUUGUUUUGCUGUUCAUCUCUGCAUCUAACAGAGUCUCUUACAGUGUUGCAGAGGUUUGCUCUUGUGGAAGAAGGGAGAGAAAAAUGGCAAGUUUUUGUCCCUUCUUAAAGCAAAUUCUACCCUAGUGGCAGAAUCAUCUGAGAUUGCAAAAUUAUGAUCCAAUGUUAGAACUUAACUCCUUGGCAUGAGUUGCGUAUUUAAUUUUAAUUUUGCCCCUUCCAAAUGCUGGUUUUGUUUUGGGUUUGUUGUGUGUUUUUAAAGGGGGGCAGGGUGGAGUUUAAAGAAUAAGCUUGUAUGGUAAUGACCCAGUUCUUCCUUUGUUCACAUGCAAAAUCAAGGUAAAUAGGAAAAUGGAGUUAGACUAAAGUUGUAAUUUCCCUCUCAGGCAAGCUGAGAGGUAAAAGCCACCUUUUUAGGUAAAUCCCAUGUAACUGCUUUGCCACAGAAUUAGAACCCCUUGGCACAGAAAGUUUGCCUGAUGAAACCUGAGAGUAUGUUGAGAGCCUGAGAGCUGUGGCCAGCCUACCCAAAACAGCAAGUCUGGUCAUUCUUGCCUUUAAAACAGAUAAGUUCAUUCUGGCCUGUGGUGUCUGUCUGCAGUAAAGAUGAAGUGGAUCACUGCCUUGUUGUCAUUUGCCUCCAGGUUUCAGUCACACAAAGCCUCUCCCAUGUGCUUUUGAUUAAAACAUGUAGGAGAUGCAGCAACAAAACACGGCAUCUCAGGCUCAGAGAAUGCCCCACAUCUCCUUUUAAUGGGUUUGCAAUCAGGUAUGCAUUGAAACAGCCAUGUGGGAGUGACAGAAGCACUCUCACCUCUACACUUUGCAAAUUCUGUGCACUUAUGUUUUAAUACUAACAGAAAUUAAGCAAUGAUUUUAUUGUUUAUUUGCUCAAUAUUCUGAGUACUAUAAAUACCCUCUUUGUAUAAUGCACAUAGUUUGCUUUUCCCUUGGAGCUGCUCAAAGAGUUUUGCAUGCACAUGAUACCAACCUCUGUUCAUUCACCACAAGCCAAGGAAAACAAACAGGAUUUAAGCCUCGAUUAAAUAACGAAUGGAAUUAGCCACAUAGACCUAAGUAGCUAGGAGUUCCCAACCAUAGUAUUCCAGGCUAGCUGUUCCAGUUUUGUAUAAAACUGAUCCAAACAAUCUAGAUUAGGUUUGUGCUCUUUCCUGUGGAGGAGCAAUUACUUCUGUGUCUUUUGCAAGCCCAUUGCUUUUAACUUGAUAACUCUGUGUUGUAUUUGUAGUUUGUCAGUCUUGUUUUCUCAUUGGAAUCUAGAGCUUUAUUUUGCAUUCAAUUUCAAGAUGUAAAAAUGCUGUUACAAACUCUUCAUAAUGCCUUGAAGUUGACUGUUGCAUGGCUGAAGGACCGUGUCCUCCUUGGCAGGCCUGGUUCUUCCUCGUUGAUUCUUGUGACUAACGUUUUUGUAUGGAAAAAGUUAAAUGAAACAUUGAAGAUACUGAUGCUUUUUACAUGUAUUUCUGCCAUGUGGUAUAAUUUGGGGCUUUUUUGUUCCAGAAUUCUGUUUUGUUAAAACCCAAUGCCUCAGAUACAGGCAAAUCUUGAAGGAUAGUUUGAAUAAACAAAAGGUACGUGUAGCUAAUCCAUCACAACUUUAGAUAAUAGGCUCUCCAUACAUUGUUUUUACAUCUUUUUUUGCUUGAAUCUUCUACUUCCUUAGACAAAUUUUAAAGCUCUUUGUCCUUAAAGCCUGUGGUAGUUUUUCCAAUAAAAUAUGUUUGUCUUUCUCAGUUCAGUUUGCAUAUAGAGUUGUUUGUCUCCCCAGACAAGAAGGAAGGUAACACAGAUGUCACACCCUUAGUUUAUGGAAGUUCAUUUACUCAGUAACUGAGGGUCUCUGUUCAAUUAUAACCAAAGCUAGUUCUAUAACAUUUUAAAAAUCAGGACAGGUAAUGUGUCUCUUUCUAGCAACCUAACAAACUCAGCGUUUUUAAAACUGUAAAUGUACAAUGAAUGUAUUUGUACUUAAAGUAUGUAUUUUGAAGACAUGGUAGUUGGCUGUCACUGGGGCUUAAGUAACUGUUUAUAAGGAAUAAAGCAAGACUCACUGAUCUUUUGUUGGCUAAGAAUUCAGCUUCUUGGUAGUCAUACCAUCCUUCUCAUUUUUAAGAGUCUGAGUUUGUGUUUCUCCUUGUCUUCUAUAAAUUUGUACUAUUUUAGCAAAGAUUCAUUUAGGAUUUCAAGAAACAACAUGUCAAAAUUUAUUUAAAGCUGAAGUGUUUGUCAGGUUUCUUUGUGUUUGACCAUUUUCAUUCAAAACUUUUAUCCCAUAUGAAAGGAGUGAAUUCAUCUUUUCCCAUUCCCUUCCCUUAUGCAUCAGUUAAAGAUGCAAUUGGUUGCAGUCACUUUUGUCUGCAGACAAAACAGUUUAGCAUUUUGAAGCUGAUUGCCAUGUUUAAAUCCAUUGUUCAAAAUAAACAGGAGCAUUAAUUAACAUUAAAGGAUAAUGAAUAUUUUUUGUUGUGAAAAGUGUGAGUUCUUGAGAACCUUUUCUACAUGCAGUUUUCAUUCAAAUUCAAUUUAAAUGUCAUUUUUAAUCUGAUCCAUACUUUGACAAAGAUGAUGUGUAAGAGCUGUUUUUAGCAGUUGGAUUGUUACUUUGUAAAGUAUUAAGGCACUAAACCAAUUUUUGCAAUAGGUAGUAAAACUUGCUUUUGUUUUGAAAAACUUCCAGUUAUAACUGUUGCACUUUUUAUAGCAGAACUGUAUUUAAUUUCUUUCUUUUAUGAAAGAUUACUCAAAGUAACUGAUAGCUCUGUAAUCUGUGUGAACUGGCUUCUCCAUUAUUUCAAACUGAGAGAAGCUACAAUGCCUAUUCAAUAAAAUUAACUUAUUUCUAAAGUA